UGUGACAUCACCAUGGCAGUCUGGUCAAACCGGUGUUGGAGCCUGCAGCACUUCUGACACGGCUCAGGUUGCCAAAAGAAACCCACCUGUCUCACCGCCCAUGCUGGGUGUGUUGCUGCGUCGCUCUCAAACCCGAGUCUUCAAUCCAAACUGCGCGCAUGGAAAGAGGGAACAAGCUUGGAUGAAACUGUGGAUAAAGUGAAAAGACGCACAGCUUGACCUGACACUGCGGAGAAAAAAAAAAGAAAAUAAAUCUAGAGACGAUGGAAAAGGAUGGGAUCGAAAAGAAACACGGUCUCGAGGGAGAUGCGGACCUCCAGUUUCUCCUGGAGGGGGGUGACCUCCUCAAGGUCCGCUCCUCGUCCUGGAAGAAGACCCGCUACCUCAAGCUGGAGCCAGACUGCAAGACCAUCUGGCACGAAUCGAAAAAAACCUUCAAGUCCAAGCAGACCUUCUCGUUGGACGACAUCUCCGCGGUGCGACAGGGCCGUCAGUCGGAGGGCUUGAGGAAGUACACAGAGGAGCAGGUGGAGAACCGCUGCUUCUCCAUCAUCUUCAAGGGCCGCAAGAAGAACCUGGACCUCAUCGCCAGCUCAGAGGAGGAGGCCAAGCAGUGGGUCACCAGCCUGCACAAGUUAAUAUCCAACAUGAACAACCUCAGCCGCCAAGAGAAGGCAGAGCAUUGGAUCUUCAACUGCCUGAGGAAAGCAGAUAAGAACAGCGACGACAAGCUGAGUCAGAAGGAGCUGAAGGACUUCCUGCGUAUGAUCAACAUUGACCUGGAUGACGAAUAUGCAGAAAUCCUCUUCCAGAAAUGUGACAAAUCCAAGUCUGGUCUGCUGUCUGGGGCGGAGAUUGAACAUUUCUACGACCUGCUGACCCAUCGGGAGGAGGUUGACGUGAUCUACGGGGAGUACGCCAAAACUGCUGGCUACAUGAGCGCCGACAACCUGGUGGAGUUCCUGAUGACCGAGCAGAGGGAGAGAGCCACGCUGGCAGACGCACACAAACUCAUUGAAAAGUACGAGGUGGAUGAAAAAGCCAAGGAGAAGAAGCUGCUUUCCAAAGAUGGCUUCCUGAUGUACCUGCACCAUCCGGAGAGUUUGGUCCUGAAGCCGGAGCACAAGGAGGUGUACCAGGACAUGAGCCAGCCCCUCAACCACUACUUCAUCUCCUCCUCGCACAACACCUACCUCCUGGAGGAUCAGCUCAAAGGGCCCAGCAGCACGGAGGCUUACGUCAGAGCUCUGGUGAAGGGCUGCCGCUGUGUGGAGCUGGACUGCUGGGACGGGUCGGAUGGCGAGCCAGUGAUCUACCACGGCCACACACUCACCUCAAAGAUCCUUUUCAAAGAUGCCAUCAAAGCCAUCAAGGAUUACGCUUUUAAGACAUCAGACUACCCAGUGAUCAUCUCCCUGGAGAACCACUGCAGCGUGGAGCAGCAGAAGGUCAUGGCGCACCACAUGAGCUCCAUCCUGGGCAGUGACCUCGUCACCGCACCCCUGGGCGACUGCAUGCCCACAGGCUUCCCAUCUCCUGAGGAGCUGAAGGGGAAGUUUGUAGUUAAAGGGAAGAGGCUGAACAAACUGGAAGCCACUUUUGCUCCUGAGGCUGCAGCUGAAGAUGACACCGAUGUGACGGAGGAGGAAGACUCAAAUGACGAGGAGGAGGAACAAGAGGAACAGAAGAGAAAGAAAACGAAGAAGCUCAAAUUAGCGAAAGAGCUGUCGGACAUGGUGAUCUACUGCAAGAGCGUCCACUUCCACGGCUUUGAGGACGCCAAACAAAACCUGAGCUUCUACGAGAUGUCUUCCUUCAAGGAGGGCAAGGCGGUGAAGCUGGCCGAGGAGUCUGCUAAUGGCUACAUCCAUCAUAACAUGGACAAGCUGAGCCGCAUCUACCCUGCAGGCCUGAGGACCGACUCCUCCAACUACAACCCCGUGCCGCUGUGGAACGCCGGCUGCCAAAUCGUGGCUUUAAACUUCCAGACGCCCUGCGCGGAGAUGGAUGUGAACCAGGGCAGGUUCGUGUGUAACGGGAAGAGCGGCUACAUCCUGAAACCGUCGUUCCUCCGGGACGGCGCCACGGAGUUCGACCCCAUCACCCUGACUCGAGGCCCCUGGCUGCAGCACAAGCUGCUCCACGUCAUGAUUAUCUCAGCCCAGCAGCUCCCAAAGGUCAACAAGAAGAAAUCCUCCAUCGUGGACCCGCUGGUUAAAGUGGAGCUUGGAGUGCCAGCUGAUGUUGCUGUGAAAGAGACGGAGCCCAUUGAAAACAACGGUUUUAACCCGUCCUGGAACCAAAGCUUCCAGUUUGAGGUGUACGUGCCGGAGCUGGCGCUGGUGCGCUUCGUCAUCGAAGACUACGACUCCACCUCUGACAAUGAGUUCAUCGCUCAGUACACGCUUCCCUUCAACAGCCUACAAAUGGGAUACAGACACGUGCCUCUGCUCAAUAAGAACGGAGACCCUCUCCCCGCCGCCGGACUCUUCAUACACAUCAUCGUCCUGGACGCUGAGUAGGACGUCGCCGCCGGGCACAUCCCUCCACAGGACGAGAACACAACAACCUCUGACACACGGCCACACUGCAGUUGUUUUAAAUGGCUUUUAUGUUCUUUUUUUUAAAAAAAAAAACGUGUAACACUUUUUUUAGUUUUAGUUUGUAAUUAACUUAUUGGCUUAAUUGUAGUCGUUGGAACGACUAAGAGGUGGAUCACAUCCUCAGCGGACAGCAGGGGCGGUUUUAAACAAAAAAUCUCCAUCUGCAGGGUUUUUUUUUUUUUUUUUUGGGCAAGUGGGUACACACACACACACACACACAAGAUGUUUGCUCCACUUUAUAAUGCUGCAUAUGAAUACGUGAUUACAGGGACUAUUACACAGACUGUUUUCUAAUGGGCUUGUAUUAGUUGCACUAGUGUUAAACCUUGUUCAGAUUGCAAAGGCUGCUUAUGUCCCGUAUUAUCUGUCUAUUUAAAUCUUUUUAUUCAAAUUACCAUUUUAUGAAUUCAGGAUAAACAAGCCAGCAUUUAAGCCAACAUUUUUAAAAAAAGAAGUAUGUUUUCAGCUUUGUUUUCAAUAGUGAGAUAAUUGUAUUCAUUACUAAGGAUUCACUUUUGAUGUGAUAUCUGAGUAUACCACUACUUGAUAUUAUCUUUUUGUAAAUCAAAAGUCUGAU